UUGGCUCCGGGUGUGGUAGGGCCCUCGUUGGCCGCUUGGUCCCAGCGUGGGGCCACACACGCGACAGCGUCGAAGAUGCCUUAUGAAGAGGAUGGCGAGUCAUGGGAUCUCGACUACAAGCAGCAUAUCGAUGGGAUGGCAGAGAACAGGCCUGGGCACAAAAAGUUUGAUGCCUACAGACUGCCAAAGUGGGUAAAGCAUCCACUGUCGCAUCCAUUCAGUGGCAUUAGCGUUACCCCCGACGCCUACGCCUAUGCCUGCCUCAAUGGAACGUUGGACGGCUUGACCAACUUCCUGGGCUGGGGUCCAGCUCACAUUGCUUGCAUGUAUGGCAACAUGGACAUGCUCAAGGCGUGCAACGAGCAAGAGCUGAACGCACAGACCUUCAACGGCGAGACGCCAGCGUGGUAUGCCGUGCGCUACGGCACUCCGUGGUGCUUGCAGUGGCUCGUGGAGCACGGAGCAGAUACAACCACUCCAGAUCUGAAUGGCAACACUCCACAGCAGCUGAUUUUCUUGAACAACCGGAACGAUGGAGUGGAGAUGGAGUGGCUCGAGGCGGCCAUCAAGGGUGAGCUCACAGACAAGAAGAACCAACAAGCGCAGGAAUAUAAGCUGAAGAAAUGGCGCUUUGAAGGCUUGGAUGAUAAGGCUGAAGAUUGGCUCGACAAGAACAAGGCAAAGCAGCGCAAACACUUGUACAAGACUGGCGACUUCCCAGAUCCUUAUCCGCUUCCAUCGCCGGAGGAGCUCUGGGCCAAGAUGGAUCUGCCCCGCUCCACCAUCCCUCGACCCCCAGCGAAGAGCAAGCCGCCUCUGCCUGUGGCGAUGAUGUUCCCUGGACAGGGCUCCCAGUACAAGGGCAUGCUGCAGAGCUGUUUGGAAAUCCCUGCUGUGGAAAAAAUGUUGGAGAAGGCUGAACAGAUCUUGGGCUGGAGCGCGAAGCAGCUCUGUCUGGAGGGACCUGAAGAACGGUUGAGUGAGACCAAGUACUGCCAGCCCAUCAUGUUUAUCGCUGGCAUGGCGGGAGUCGAGCUCAUGAAGCAAACGAAGCGAGAGACCGUGGAACGUGUCCAGGCGGUGGCUGGGCUGAGUCUGGGUGAGUACACUGCGCUAUGUGCUGCUGGUGUCCUGGAAUUUGAGGAUGGUUUGACCUUAGUGAAGUUGCGUGCAGAGGCCAUGCAGAAAGCCACUGAGCUGGUGCCGCAAGCGAUGUGCUCAGUGGCGGGCCUUGAUCGAAACACUGUGGAGCGAUUGUGCAAAGAAGCGAAGGAACUCGACACUACCUCAUCCACCCCAGUCUGCCAAAUUGCGAAUGUCCUCUUCCCAGCGGGCUUUACCUGUGGUGGCACCAAGCCAGCGAUUGACAAACUCUGCGAGAUUGCAACCAAGGCUAGGGCACUUCAAGCCAGGCCCAUCAAGACGGGCGGUGGUUUCCACACGCCUUUGAUGGCUCCGGCUGCGGAGGAAUUGACCAAAGCCAUCGAUGCGACGUUGCCCAAGAUGAAGCCUCCCAGGUGUGCCGUCUACUUCAAUCUGACAGGUAAGAAGAUGCCACCAGGUUCAAAGCCUGCAGAGUUCGUGGACUACAUGAAGAAGCAACUGACCGGCGAAGUCUUGUGGGAACAGACAAUAAGACAGAUGGUCUUCGAUGGGGUGAAGGACUUCUACGAAGUCGGCCCGUUAAAGCAGCUGAAGUCAAUGAUUAAGAGGAUAGAUCAAGACGCCUUCAAGCGGACUGAAAACAUUGCGGUCUGAGUGCAGGAGAAUCGCGUAUCUUCCACUUUGGCAUUUACAGACACCGGA